GCUUACCUACUGAGUUUUUAUAAAUAAUCUUCUAAAAAUCAAAUAAAUUAUGGAACAUAAUAUUCUUAAAAAUCAGAGUUCUAAUAUAAAACCAAUAGAUACUAAUACAGUCCACAAAAUAUGUUCCGGUCAGGUUGUUUUAAGUUUAGCAGUAGCAGUAAAGGAAUUAUUAGAGAAUGCCCUUGAUGCGGGUGCAACGAAUAUUGACAUCCGAUUAAAGAAUUAUGGAAUAGAUUUGAUAGAAGUUUCUGAUAAUGGUUCUGGAGUAACAGAAGACAACUUUGCUGCUUUAACUCUGAAAUAUCACACGUCUAAAAUAAAUGAGUAUUCUGACUUACUCGGAGUCUCGAGUUUUGGGUUCCGAGGUGAGGCAUUGAGCUCACUUUGUUCACUUGCUCACCUGGUUGUGACUACAAGACAUCAAAACUGUAAUUAUGCUACUAAAAUUCAAUAUGAUCAGAAAGGAAAUAUAAUUAGCAAAACACCAUGCUCUAGACAAGUGGGAACAACUGUUACACUGAGUAAUUUAUUUUAUUCUCUACCUGUAAGGCAGAAAGAGUUCCACAAAAAUUCAAAGAGGGAAUUUAAUAAGAUGACUCAUUUGUUAUAUGCAUAUUGUUUAAUAUCAAGAGGAGUGAGAAUAACUUGUAGUAACCAAACAAACUCAAAUUCAAAAGCAGUAGUUGUGGCCACAACUGGUUCACAGUCAUAUAAAGAUAAUAUUGCAUCAGUUUUUGGAUUGAAACAAUUGCAGAGCAUUGUAGAAAUUAAAACUGAAUUAGUUUCUAGUAUAAAAGAAAACAUAUUUAAAGGGCUUUCAGGAGAAGUUAAGGAAAAUAAUGAAACUAUUGAAAUUGAUGAUGUUGAAAUUGAUUUGUCUGAAGACUCAAAUGAUGCUGAACAAAAACAGGACACUCAAAAUGAGAGUUUUACAUUGUCUCAGAAAUCACAGGGAUACAAGAAUUGUCCUAACCCUGUGGAACUUGAAGGUUAUAUUUCUUCUUGUGAACAUGGUAGUGGCAGAUCAAGCACAGAUAGACAGUUUUAUUAUGUGAAUUCAAGACCCUGUGAACCUACCAAAGUUAUGAAGAUAGUGAAUGAAACUUAUAAACAAUAUAAUCCUAAUCAAUAUCCUUUCAUAUUUCUUAACAUAAACAUGGAUAGAUUGUCUGUAGAUGUAAAUGUAACUCCAGAUAAGAGAAAAGUUUUUCUAAUAAAGGAGAAAAAUAUUUUAGAUGUAAUAAAAGCAUCACUAACAAAACUAUUUGAAAAUGUUCCAAGAACAUUAAAAGUUAAUUCAUCAAUCACAGAUGUUAAAAAUAAUGAUACUGUCCCAAAUUUAUAUCAGCCAAGGAUUUUUAACUCAUUCAUGCAACAAUUUAGUAGUAAAGAGGAAAAAAAUUCAAAAGAUGAUGGAAAAAAUAUAGGGGACUUAAAAAGGAAAUCUACUACCAACCUUGAUUAUUUUAUAUCAAAAUCAAAAAGAAUUCAACAAAAUUCAUUAGUAAAUGGUGAUAAUACUUUAAAGGAAGAUAAUAGUGUAAGGGAUGACAAUAAUAUUUUUAGUGAACAAGAGGAUAAUAUGGUUGAAGAUGAUGUUACUGUAAAAAAUGAGGUAAUUCAUUUAUCUAAGUCAGAUGUUAAAAAAGAAAAUAACAUAUUAGAUCAAAUAGAAACAAAUCUGUUAUUUGAAAAUAUGAAUGAUACUGACAUCAAUAAUAAAACUUGUGAAACGAAGUGUGACAAUCCAAUAGGAUCAAGUAAAGAAGACAAAAAAGUGGGAUCUGAAAUUAUGUAUUUAGAAAAUACUGAUUCAUUGCCUGACACACAAAUAAGAUCAAUCUCUGAUGUAGUCUGUCAAAAAUCUUCCACAAUUUACUGUAAAACAAAAAGUAAUUAUCAAAAGGUGAUCAAAGAUAAAAUUGCAGAAAAAGAAAAUUCAAAUAAAAUAUCACCACCAAAAUCCAAAGUUGAGAAGACUGUAACUGAUCAAAAAGAACUUGGUCAAUUUCAUGUAAGAAAAACUGUUAGUUUUAAAACAACUUUAGAAGAAGUAAAAGCACAAGUUGAAAUAUACAAUAAUGGAAAAAGCAAAUGUAUGCCAGAUAGAAUAAAAUUUCGAAGUGCUAUUGAUCCAGUGUUUAACAAGAAGUGUGAAGAAGAACUUAAUAGAGAAAUAUCUAAAGACUCCUUUAAACAAAUGACAAUUAUAGGUCAAUUUAAUUUAGGCUUUAUCAUUACACGUUUGGAGGAUGAUCUAUUCAUCAUUGAUCAACAUGCAACUGAUGAAAUUUAUAACUUUGAAACUUUACAAAAAACCACUGAACUUACAAAUCAAAAAUUAGUUAUUCCACAGCAACUGGAGCUGACAGGUGUGAACGAACAAAUAUUAAUGGAUAAUUUGGAUGUUUUUAAGAAGAAUGGAUUCACUUUUCAAAUAGAUGAACAUGCCCCGCCAACUAAAAGAGUGAAAUUAUUAACUAUACCAAUGUCUAAGAACUGGAUAUUUGGAAAGGAUGAUAUAGAAGAGCUUUUAUUCAUGUUAAAGGAAUCUUCUACAUCAGAAUACUACAGACCGAGUCGAGUAAGAGCCAUGUUUGCAUCAAGAGCUUGUCGCAAGUCAGUCAUGAUAGGUAUGGCUUUAAGCAAAUCAGAUAUGAGACAACUUGUCGACCAUAUGGCCGAAAUAGACAAGCCCUGGAAUUGUCCUCAUGGAAGACCCACAAUACGCCACUUGGUUAAUUUAGCUAUGGUGCAUACAAGUGAUUAAAAUAUAUUUUAGAAAUGUUUUGAAUUAAAUCUAAUCCUAAUCAAUAAUCAUGAUAUAUUGUUUACUGUGAUAAUAAUAAUAAAAGUAUUUUAUGAUU